AUGAAGUCUAAAUUCAUAAUUGGGUUGGUGCUGUUAGGCUGUGUGGUAGUGACAUGGCUGUUUGGCCAACUCUAUCAGGAGCUUCUCAACGCUUAUGAGCAAAAUGGCACACUUACUCAGUCUGAAUACUCUUGGGUGUUCCGCUUAUUGUUAAACUGUACAGGAUACUCCACUGUUCUUCUGCCCGCAUUUAUUCUAUAUAAGUAUCUUGAGAGGAUAAAUUAUUUUGAUAAAAUAUCAAACAGCACAUGUUUGUCCCGGAUGCUUCAUGCAUGUUUUGCAGAACAACCUGAACGACUACCAGAGAAUGUUAAACCAAAAGAGGACGGCAAAAGAGAAACACUUGAACUUCUAUUUUGCUUCACUGGUCUGAUGGGAGCCUAUCUUGUAUGGGGACUUUUGCAGGAAAAGAUUAUGACGCAGGACUACGUGGUAUCUGACGGUACGGUGGUCCGUUUCAACGACUCGCAGUUCCUAGUGUUUAUAAACCGACUGUCGGCAUUGGCUUUAGCAGCAGCGCGACUACGCUGGACAGGGCAGCCAAUCUUCGUGGCGCCGUUGUACAAGUUCUCCUACUGCUCGCUCACGAAUAUCGUUAGCGCCUGGUGUCAGUAUGAGGCGCUCAAGUAUGUCAGCUUCCCCACCCAGGUGCUGUCCAAAUCGUGCAAAGUGAUCCCCGUGAUGCUGAUGGGAAAGUUGAUCUCACGCAACAAGUAUGAAGCGUAUGAGUACGGUACCGCGGUACUGAUCUCUGCUGGCAUGGUGCUAUUCAUGUUCGGCAGCCAGGAAUCACACGCAGCCUCGGCCUCCACGGGCCUCUCGGGUGUAGCCCUGCUGGCGUUAUACAUGUCAUGUGACAGCUUCACAUCGUCGUGGCAGAGCGCGCUCUUCUCGCGGUACUCGCUGCGUCCGCUGCAGAUGAUGUGCGCCGUCACACUGUGCUCGUGCGCACUUACCGCCGCCGCACUCCUGCGCACUCCGCACCCCGCCACCACCUUCGCCCUCCUGCAGCACCCGAUGUUCGUGGUGGACUGUUUGAUGCUAUCGGCCAGUUCGGCGGUGGGGCAGGUGCUCAUCUACCGCACUAUUGCGAGGUUCGGAGCUGUCGUUUUCACCAUUAUUAUGACGCUAAGACAGGCAGUGUCGAUAUUGGUGUCUUGCGCAGUGUACGGACACGCGGUGUCACUCGGGGGGGGCUGUCGGUGUGACACUUGUGUUUGCAGCUGUUUUCCUGAGAAUGUACUGUCGACGGAGAGCGAGGGCCGUUCCCAUUCCUCUAAAACCUGCGUAGAAAUACAACUUAGUACUUAA